AUGUGCCGGCCCGGGAGCGUUGAGAGUAAAUCCAGUCCUGAUGACGCCAUUACCGGUCGCCGUCUGCCAGGAGCGGACCGCCACGCACGCGGCCACGCCGAGCCCGAGCUGGACGCCACCAGCAACUACGAGCUGCUGCUGGGCUACGAGAACGGCACGCACACCGUGCUGCGCUUCCGCCGCCGCUACUACACCUGCGACCCGGACGACUUCCCCAUCACGUUGCCAGUUCGCCUCGUUGGCCGCGCCACCGUCCAGGCCGCGCUGCGCCCCGUCGACCGCUCUCCCGUUCAUCUGCUGCGCGCACGCUCACGCUCACGUUUUCUCACCUUCGCCAAUCGCCAAAUGCUCGCCCCCCGCGGCUCGCUUCCCCUCCGUUUGGGUGCUUGUCGUCUUGUUUGGUUUGCUUCUCUUGGAGCCCCAGAAGUGUGGACUUUUCUCAAAAAAAGCAAACUACGCAUUCACGAAGCUGAUUGA